UCCGCAAGGAGGUUGGAGAUUGAAGAAGAGACUGAACGUAGCUUGGGAGGCAACGUGAUUUGGAUAAAUAGUUGUGGGCCGUAGAACACUGCUGGUGUUCAGUAAGCUGGACCUGAUGGACGCAGGGACAGAUGCUCUGGAGGUCUUACUGUGUCGGGUCAUUCCAAUGCAGCUUGGAAUUGUGGGAGUGGUCAACAGGAGACAGCAUGACGUCAACACCCAGAAGAGCAUAGAGGACAUGGCGUGGGAAGAGCAGGCCUUCCUCCAGUGCCACUACCCAUCUCUGGCCUCCCGCUGCGGGUUUCGCUACCUGGCCGACACCCUGAGCUACUUCCUCAUGCUCCACAUCCGGGAUUGCCUGCCGGAGUUGAAGACUCGUGUGACGUGCUAGGUGCCCAAUACCAGGCCUGGCUCAGCAGCUACGGCCAGCCAGUAGAGGACCAUAGCACCACCCUGCUGCAGAUCGUCACCAAAUUUGCCAGCGACUACUGCAACACCAUCGAGGGC